GAAAAUUAUUGCAUCUCAGAGUUUCUCUAUUAUGCUCCCCUCUCCUAUAAUCCUCACUUUCUUUACUAUUUUAAAAUUUGAGAAAAAAUUUAUUAAGUGGUUGAGUAUAAUGAUGAGAAACAUUAUAAUCUCCUUAUCCAUUUGAACCGUCUCCCACCUCCGCCCACUGAACCUUUUUCACUUAACCAUCAUCCAUAUUCAACCUAGUUAGGCAUAACUUACUUAUCUACGUCCCACGUAUCCUGAACUUUUCAAUUAAAGCUUAGGCAAUGGCUAUUCCUAUGGUGCUUGCUAUUCUGUUUCCACCCACUUUGUUCCUCACUGGAGCAUCUGUUUUAACUCUAUUAUCGCUGGCAAUUCUUGGGGUUUUAGAAAUUAGAGGGAUUAACUUGAAAUAUUCCAAGUUCGUCAAUACUGCUUCUUCUUCUUCUUCGAUUAGAUUUAAAGUUCCCAGCAGAGUUGGCAUGUUAUUGCUCUACACACCAGCUUUCCUUGUCGGUGUUGCUUCCUUUUGGCUUUACCCAGCUGAUGACUCUAGAUUUCUUUUCCUCAAAUCUGCUGUUACCAUCCAUUUCUUUAAGAGACUUUUUGAGGUGAUUUUCAUUCAUAAAUACAGUGGAAAGAUGUCUCUAGACACAAUGAUAAUUAUACUUGUCAGCUAUUUCUUUCUAAGCUUAAGCUUGAUUUACACACAAACUUUUAAUCAAGGACUCUCGGAACCGUCCAUUGAUUUGAAGUACCUUGGAAUUGUGUUGUUUUUAAUAGGUAUUAGUGGCAAUUUCUACCACCAUUACCUUCUGUCCAAGCUAAGAACAAACGGUGACAAAGAGUACAAGAUCCCCAAAGGUGGUUUGUUUGAGUUGGCGAUUUGCCCUCACUAUCUGUUUGAGAUUUUAGAGUUCUUGGGAAUUAGUUUAAUUUCUCAAACAUUGUACUCAUUUUCAGUCACUCUAGGCUCUGCAUUGUACUUUAUGUGUAGGAGUUAUGUCACUAGGAAAUGGUACAUGUCUAAGUUUGAAGACUUCCCCAAGGAAGUCAAAGCUCUAAUUCCAUUUGUUUUUUAAUGCAUGGAUGAAGGCUUUCAUAUACACCCACCAAGUCGUUACACUUCAUUAGGGAAUGGAGAUUUGACAAUAAAAUAUAUUCUCCAA